GUACAUUACGAUCCUUCGAGCCAACCAAAACACGCAUCUUGCAAUGGUGAUCACGAUGCCAUGCCGUUCCCUCACCGGGGUUCUGUCGUUGUCGCUGCUGUUGCUGCUGUGCUCCCCCCCGGCCGCUUCCUUUUUGGCACCGCACCGCAGCCACCACCCAACAACGCACCGCGGGAGCUUGCCGCCCCUUUGCUCGUCCUUUCCACCGGGACCCGGCCAUCCGGGAGGAUUYCCGCCGCAGCAGCCGCCCCCCGGUGGUGAGGCCGAGGCCACGGACGACGCAGCGGCGGGCAGCGAGGCCGAGGGCCAGGCCAACACGAGGUUCUCCAAGUUCGCCCCCGAUCCGAGCCUCGACACGGACGAGUUUCGGCUGCAGCUCCGGGAGAACAUGAAGGCCGACCUGGAGCGGAGGCGAAGCGAGGACCCCAACCGGGGAAACCAGGUUGCCAAAAACUACCUGGACAGUCUGUGAUUGAACGAGAGGUUAAAUGAGUGGCAUCGGGUGGAUGAGUUGAUAAGUGGUAUUGAGUGACUGAUAUUGAGUGACUGAUAUUGAGUGACUGAUAUUGAGUGACUGAUAUUGAGUGUCUGAUAUUGAGUGGAUGGUAUUGAGUGACUGAUAAUAGUUGCAAGUAGUUCAAAAGAGGAUGGCAUUGAGWGACUGAUAUUGUCUAGUCCAAUAGUGAACGAUGAUUUUAGCCAGUGACUGAACGACCAACCAUGCUUGCUUYUUCUCUCACCAAUCCGUGGUCCUGAACGACUAAUUUCGAAAACGACGAAGCGGACCGUAGGAAGCUAUACYYCAUAAUAAAAYUAUUGCAYKACC